UUUACGUUUCCCUCCACGACCAGAUAGCUUUGUAGCUAAAUGAUACGGAACCCGAAAACCCACACGAACAACGCAUUUAAUUUAAUUUGUUAGUAUUUAUUGAUACAUCAAACGACAUCAAUAAUCAACGUUUGUUUACGGAUAACACGCGUGGUAACGUACCACUAUCGAGGAUAAAGUAGCUUUAAAUUGGUAUUUUUAACUGCACCAUCUUUAUGUGAGGACAAAGGCCUACACAUUGCUCGCUGCUUCCAAAGCAUGUAUCCCUCUUGGGGUAGUAACUAUGGUGGUGGUGGUGGCGGUGGCGGCCAUCAACCACCUUCGCAGCAGCACUUCGGUGCGCCGAGGGGUCAGUCUCCUCAAGGCGAAGGCUUCGGGGGAGGAUUCGGGGGCUAUGGAGCUGCUACACCCGCAGCUGCACCCGGGUCAACGUUCAACAGCCUGCGGGAGCAGCAUCUCCAGCAGAUGCAGCAGCUACAACAGCUCCACCAUAAACAGCUCCAAUCCGUGCUGCACCACGACAGGAACGUAAAUGAAAACCCCUAUGGCGGCGGCGGUGGUCCUGCGGCCGAGUCGUGGCAAGGCAACUCGGGAUAUGGGUAUGGUUCAACGGGGACCGGUGCCCCUUCCUCAUACCAGGAGGAGUAUCAGUCCAUGCAAGGCCCUUCCCCUUAUCAAGAUGAGUAUCAGUCCAUGGAAACCGGGGCGCCAAGCCCACAACUUCAGCCACCGCAGCCCAAAGAGACCCAGCUUCCCCCAUCAGAGGAGAACCCACCCCCAUCAGAGGCGAACCCACAGGAGCAGCAGCAGUAUUGGUACAAGCAGCAUCUCCAGAACUUGCAGAGGCUGAAAGCAGAGAAGGCCAAACAGGGCCAGGGUGAUGGCCCGGCACCCCCACCUCCCAACCCCCAGCCCCACUCGGCGGCAGCCGCUCCUCCCCCUCCAACGGAACCACCCAAGAACGCCCCUCCACCACCACCUCCAAAAGAGGAGCCCCCACCACCACCUCCACCCGAUGACGCAAAGCCUGCCCCCACGACCCAGGACCCAGUAGAGGUGGCCCGCCUGCAGCAGCUUCAGAGUGCAGCGGCCCAGUGGCAGCAGGCCCAGCAGCAGAGAGCGGGCUACCAGUACCAAGCCCUGAUGCAGCACCAUGCUCAGCUACAGACCAUCCUCAACCAGUACCAGCAGUGUAUCCAACAACCUGCUCAGCUAGAGACGAUGUCUAUGGCCAUGCAGCUGAGUCACUAUGAGACGCAGCAGAAGCAGUUUGGCCCGGUGUUUGGAGACUGGGGCCGCACCUUCAGCCAAUGGCAAGAGCAGUUCCAGUCCUACCCACAUAAAGACCAGCUACAGAACUACGAGUUACAGUGGAAACAGUGGCAGGAACAGAUGAACUCUACCUCAGCACACCUACAGGUACAGUACAACCAGACAAACUCUACCUCAGCACACCUACAGGUACAGUACAACCAGACAAACUCUACCUCAGCACACCUACAGGUACAACCUGACAAACUCCACCUCAGCACACCUACAGGUACAGUACAACCAGACAAACUCCACCUCAGCACACCUACAGGUACAGUACAACCAGACAAACUCUACCUCAGCACACCUACAGGUACAGUACAACCAGACAAACUCUACCUCAGCACACCUACAGGUACAGUACAACCAGACAAACUCAACCUCAGCACACCUACAGGUACAGUACAACCAGACGAGAGGGUGACCACCCUGCGAGCCAUGCAGCAGCAGUACGGAGGUGGUGGUGGGCAGUACCGCACUGACCAAUACAGUAGUAGUGACCGGUAUGGUACUGGAGGGUAUGGGGACCAGUACAGCCAAUAUGGUCAGUACCCACACUCUGGACCGGACUCGCAGAUUCAACAAGUCCCCAUGGGCAGCACGGCCCCUCCAACGCCCAACGUGUUGGAACCUCCACAGGAGAAUCGCAGCACGGCCUCUCCAAUGCCCAACGUGUGGGAACCCCCACAGGAGAACCGCAGCACGACCUCUCCAAUGCCCAACGUGUGGGAACCCCCACAGGAGAACCACAGCACGGCCUCUCCAAUGCCCAACGUGUGGGAACCCCCACAGGAGAACCGCAGCACGGCCUCUCCAAUGCCCAACGUGUGGGAACCCCCACAGGAGAACCACACCACGGCCCUCCACCGGGGCACCAGGGCCCUCCACCAGGGCACCAGGGCCCUCCACCAGGGCACCAGGGUCCUCCACCAGGGCACCAGGGUCCUCCACCAGGGCACCAGGGUCCUCCACCCGGGCACCAGGGCCCUCCACCCGGGCACCAGGGCCCUCCACCCGGGCACCAGGGCCCUCCACCAGGGCACCAGGGCCCUCCACCAGGGCACCAGGGCCCUCCACCAGGGCACCAGGGCCCUCCACCAGGGCACCAGGGCCCUCAGUCAGAGCAGUACAACCUGUCUGGACCCCUUGGUAGAGGGGCAGGCCCAGGAGGGAGAGGGUUGGCCAGACCACCAGGUCCACAAGGAGGACAGCCUCCGUCCUACCAAGGCCCCAGAGGACCAAGGUCUCCCUUUGGGAGAGAUUUUGUUUGACGGUCCGAGAGGGAACGGCCCGCGGUUUGACCAGCAGCAGUCCGGUCAACAGCAGAGGUUCAACGCUCCACCGGGUCCCAGGUUCAACCAGCAGCGCCCAAGGUUUGAUCAGCUUGGCCCCAGAGGACCAGGGCCUCGGUUCGGACAGCAGGGACCCCACUUCGACCACCCCCCGAGACAGAGCCCCCCAGCCCGCUUUGAAAGGCCCCCGGGUCCCUCGGCACCUUAUAUCGGCCCACAGCCUAAACCAGACACGGGCAAAGACACCAAACUACCUCAGGGUAAGACUGACAUGCCAGCAGGCUCCAAGCCUCCUGGAAUUAAACCUACUGGGCCAGCUAAACCAGUAGCAGUCAGUACAACUAAGCAAGGUGCAUUGACAGAACCAGGGGAUAUGUCAGAGGACAUGUUGGAGUCCCUUGGGGGCUUCUUCGUCCAAAACGACCCCAUCCCUCAGACGAAAGCAGAGGCUGAUGCUGCUGCUGCUGCUGCUAGUAAGGACUCCAAAAAGGAAGAGGUGACCCCCCCUGCUGCUGCCGGUGCCAAGCACCCCUCUUCUGUAACCCCGGAAACCGCUUCCCCUGCCAAGAACGCUCUCAAACCAGGUGGACCGGCCGGGCCGUUGAAGACCAACGUCAGUAACAACAACGGGCCUCAGGGACCACAGGGGCCUAAGCCUCACGGACCGGAGCCGCCGAAGACCAACACAAUGACCAACCAACCCGCUGGUCUUCUGGGGCUCAUGGGCCGUGGUAGAGGGGGACGUGGCCAGCCUCUAGGGCCUGUAAGAGGGGAGGAGGACGGAGGUAGAGGACGAGGGGAGGCGGACGGAGGGAUGAGGGGAGGGAGAGGACGAGGGGAGGCGGACGGAGGGAUGAGGGGAGGGAGAGGACGAGGGGAGGCGGACGGAGGGAUGAGAGGAGGGAGAGGACGAGGGGAGGCGGACGGAGGGAUGAGAGGAGGGAGAGGACGAGGGGAGGCGGACGGAGGGAUGAGGGGAGGGAGAGGACUAGGAGAGGCGGACGGAGGGAUGAGGGGAGGGAGAGGACGAGGGGAGGCGGACGGAGGGAUGAGGGGAGGGAGAGGACGAGGGGAGGCGGACGGAGGGUUGAGGGGAGGGAGAGGACGAGGGGAGGCGGACGGAGGGAUGAGGGGAGGGCGAGGGGAGGCAGACGGAGGGAUGAGGGGAGGGCGAGGGGAGGUGGACGGCGGGAUGAGGGGAGGGAGAGGGCGAGGGGAGGCGGACGGAAGGAUGAGGGGAGGGAGAGGACGAGGGGAAGCGGACGGCGGGAUGAGGGAAGGGAGAGGACGAGGUGGUCUAUGGGGACGUGGAGGGAAACAGUCGGGUAUCCCAGACUUCAGUCCCAACACAAUCCCUCUGGGAGGUGGGAGGACGGAGGACGACAUGGAGGGGGUUCCUUACGACUACAGACCUCCUCAUGACGAGAUGAGAUCACAACAUGGAGGACCAGAGGAGGACUGGCAGGACUGGCAGCAGGACCCUUCACUGGAGAAACCUGAAGGUCCUCCUCUGCCUGAAGAGGAGAUGUGGGUCCCUGAAGAGCACUACUACCCUCCAGAGGACUACUACGAAGACCCAGGGAGAGGAGGUCCCCCUUUGGGGAGAGGAAAGCCUCUAGAUGGGCACCACUGGGAGGAAGCAGACCCCCCACCUCCAGAGUACUGGGGAGAGGAAGGAGAUCCCUACUGGAUGGACCGGAGGCCCCCUCCUCAUGGCAUGAGAGGAGGCCCCCGAGCCCUGUUCCCCCCUGGGCGUGGUCGCCCCCCACGAGGCAGGCCCGGCUUCAUGCACCAGGGUGGUCCCAGACGCCCCCUUCCUCCUCCUCACGGAGCCAUAGACCCCCAUGAACCUCUCGGAUCCCCCAUGGAUCCUGACGAUGACAUGGACCCUCUGGGACCCCCGCUGCAUCGGGACUACAACCCCAGAGGGCCCAUACACCACGAUAUGAUGGAGCGAGACAUGAGGGGACGGCCUCCUCCACCUAGAGAGAUGAUGGACAGAGAUCUGAUGGGGCCUGGUGGUCAUCCUCCAUAUCACGACAUGGAGAUGGACCCUGGCUGGCCCCCGGGCCCCGGACGACCCCCCCACCUCGGCAGAGACGGGCCGAGAGGUCCCCCCCCGCCUCCCCAUGAGAUGAUGGAGCGGGGAGGGAUGAGGAGGCGUCCGUUGGGACCUCGGGGCGCCCCAAUGGGCCGGGGCGUGAUGCGGCACCCACCUCGCUCACUCGAGGACUUGGAGGGGUACCCCCAUGAGGGGUAUGGGGAGGGGUUUGGUGGUCCCGGUGAUGAUGGGUAUGGAAGAACGCUGCCGCCACGUGACUGGCCGGACCACCCCUCACAUGAGUACGACUGUGAGGAGGAGUAUUAUCCCCAGGAGCCUCCUCGUGUUGGGGUGUGGGACAGGGAGAGAGGAGGACCACUACCGGAGAGGGACUAUUCUCCCUACCCUUCCCGCGGUCCUCCACCUCCCCCAGACCGUUUCAGAGAUGACGAGUGGGCCGAUGAGAGAGAGCGAGACCGUCCUCCAUACCCCUACGAGGGAGACAGAGAACGUCCUCCAUACCCCUACGAGGGAGAAGAGCGUGGAAGAGGAGGAGAGCUUCGAAGUCGAGACUUCCCGGACGACCCUUCGUACAGGCACGAUGAACGCUCCUACCCAUCCCCUGCUGAAUGGGAGAGACCCAGACCACCCCUUCCAGAGAGAAACUACCCCCCAGAUUUUGAGGGCCAUAGGCCCCAUUACGACGGGCGACCCGAGCCCUCUAGAUCAGAUCAAGGUAUCCCUCCAUCCACCCCUUCUCAGGUCCCUGCUCCUCCCAGUACUGGACCAGACAGUUCUCAGGAACCAGCUUCACAGGGAACUGGACCGGGCAUACUGGCUCUGUCACAACGACAACAUGAGAUCAUCCUGAAAGCUGCCCAGGAGCUGAAGCUUAUCAGGUCUGUUUCUCUGGUACUGAACAGAGAAAUGCAGGAGAAUAAGACUGAGGGAGAGGCCCUACCCAUCACGUCUGACCCCAAGACGGAGCUCCCUGCUGGGCUACUGGGGCUGGAGAUCCCCCCUGAGGUCCGGAGUGCCCUCCAGGCAACCAACCUUAUGUCCAGCUUGGCUCCUACUAAAUUGACAUGGGGAGACACCAAGCCUCCAGAUACUGGUUACGUGUCCACGGCUCCUCCAGUCACCCCCAAGACUGUCGACUAUGGUCAUGGACAUGACCUCGGUGCUGCCACGGUGGAGCGGAUCUCUUACGGUGAGAGGAUUGUUUUGAGACCCGAUCCCUUACCUGACAGAGAGAGGGAGAGGAGCUAUGAAAAAGAACCCCUGGGCCCCCUGAGAGACCCCUACCACAGAGACCUGUACUACGACAGACGACCGGUGGACCCCUACAUGGAGCGCAGGGAGUACAGCAGGGAGAGGGACAUGUACAGAGAGAAAGCUCCCAUGGACUUUGAAAGAGAACCAUACGAGAGGGAACGCUAUCCGCCUCGAGAUGACAGACCACCCCCCGGCCAUCCUCCACCUCGCCCGGGCUUCAGGGAGAGGGACAUGAGGGAGGGCAGCCGGACCAGUAGAGAUGGAGAGGAACCUUAUGGAAGGCCUGGGGGUUAUGACAGACCUCCGUACGAGCGUGGGCCUGAGCGUGGGCCUGAGCGUUUCGAUCAUGGUGCUUCACCGUACGGCGAACGGAGGAGUUACCCAGAAGAGAGAGGAGGAGGCCCCACGUCGUCCCACCCUCCUCCCCCACCGGCUGCUCCUCCUUCCAGGAUCGAGAAGAAACCGGAGACCAAGAACGUGGAGGAUCUUCUCAAACUACCAGGCCGAGACACUCGUCCAGAAAGGAUCGUCAUCAUAAUGAGAGGCCUACCAGGAAGUGGUAAAAGUCAUGUGGCCAAGCUGAUACGGGACAAGGAGGUGGAGUGUGGAGGGGCUCCACCCAGAGUGCUGGGGUUAGAUGACUACUUCAUGACGGAGGUGGAGAAGAUGGAGAAGGACCAAGAUACAGGGAAACGAGUCAAACUUAAGUGUCUGGAAUACGAGUACGAAGCGGAGAUGGAAGACACGUACAGGAACAGCAUGCUAAAAACAUUCAGGAAGACACUAGACGACGGCUUCUUCCCCUUCAUCAUCAUCGACGCCAUCAAUGACCGGGUUAAAUACUUUGAUCAGUUCUGGAGUGCUGCAAAGACUAAAGGCUUCGAGGUGUACUUGGCCGAAAUCUCGGCAGACUAUCAGACGUGCGCUAAAAGAAACGCCCACGGCCGGAAGAUGAGGGACAUUCAAAAGAUGUCCAGUAACUGGGAGUCGUCACCCCGUCACAUGAUGCGGCUGGAUGUCCGUUCCCUGCUUCAGGAUGCUGCUAUUGAGGAGGUUGAGAUGGAAGACUUCAAUCCUGAUGAUGAGUCGCUGAAGAAGCCCAAGAAGAAUAAGGAGGAGGAGGAAGAAGACGUUAAGGGUUACAUUCCACAAAGCAAAUGGGAGAUGGACACUUCUGAUGCGAAACUAGACAAGCUGGACGGCCUGGUGAUGGGGGGGAAGAGGAAGAGGGAGGGAGACGACUUUCAGCUAACGGACGACUACGCCACACGCCACUCUGAGCCUGGCAAGAAGAGGGUUCGCUGGGCUGACCUCGAAGAGCAGAAGGAUGCGGAGCGCAAGCGUGAUAUCGGCUUUGUGGUGGGUCAAACAGACUGGGAGAAAAUCACCGACCAGAGUGGACAGAUAGCUCAGAGAGCUCUCAACCGCACUAAGUAUUUCUAGUAACAGGAGAUCAUUGCCCUCACCCCCUGCUUCCUGGUUUAUAGGUCUGCAGACUGAAUAUCAGACACACUCUACAGGCCGGCGUUUAGGAAAUCCAUAGCUGUUUAUUCCAUUAUUAGAAUACAGGAUAUAGCUUUUCUGUUGACAUUCUUGAUGUUCAUUUAGAAUUAUGUGUAGUUUUUAUUUUCUUUCAUCCUAUGCUUUUCGAUUGGUAAGUUGUUUUUGUUUUUGCACCAGUGUGCUUCUCAUUUUAUACUGUACAAGCUGUAACGUCUACGUGUAUGUUAGCGCUGUUGCUUAUUUUAAGAAAAUAAACUAAAAGAAAAACAAUAAAAGGUUUCACACACACAAAAACAAGCAGGAGAGUCUCGUGUGAGUGGUCAUAUGGGCUACGUCAUGGAGAGUCUUCUGUGAUGUCUGUUUUCAUGUGAACCACAUUCAGUAGAACCUCAAAGAUACAAACCUAAUUUUAUGGUGACAUAUUUUUUUUUGGUCUCUUUUUUUUUAUAUUUUUCUCAAAGUUACGAACAUUUCAGUAUUUCAAAAACAACCUGCAUUUCCCGCUGUGUUCGUAUCUCUAAGGUCCUACUGUGUUACAGGAAGUAUGUAGCAUAGGUUAGAGUGGCGGAACAGGAAGGUUCUUGGUUCAAGCCCUGAGCCUAGCGAGGAAGUGGAAACUGGACUGCUGGUGUCUGAGUCACUGGCUGCCCAUUGUGCCCAUGAGCAAGGAACUCUCAAACUGCUACACGGAGGCUGCACUGUGUCUUACCCUUUGCCUCUCAGUGCAUGUGUGUGUCGGGGGGUGGGGGGGGGGUAACGCAAAAUGAAAUGAGUUUUCAGUACUCAAUCAAACCACAUAGUAUCACUGUCUUUAAUUUGAUUUUAAUUCAAAAAUCUGUUACCUCAUUGCAUUUCACAUAAUUUAAUCUCCUAAACUUUAAGAAAGUUCACACUCAUUGUUUCUUGCAACAAAUAAAAUACUGAAUUGAAAGUCCAGUAUAUAUUUUGUGCCGUUACAUGAUCUUACAAAUAAAUAAACAAUCCACGACAGUCACGCAGAAUCACCUUGCUUGUGAAACACAACCAAAAAUCUAAAAGUUUCUGAUAAUGGUAAAUUCUACACUAUCAACUUGCUAACUGAGGCAAACGACGUGUUCCUGAUAGGUAUCGAGCCAAAAAAGAAACUAAACCAUCAAUGGUCACCUCUCUCUUUUUUUUUUUACAGUAGGCUCUCGUCAGCAAUAUUCAAGCAUUACCGGGCCCUAACUCCACUAAGGGGCUUUCUCCUCCUUCUGUAUUCUCGUCACAUGACUUUUAUUCCUCUUGCUAAUUGGACUGAAAUAAAUUCUGACUACACAGAUAUAAUCCAGACUGUCUGUCUUGUUUCUGACCUGUCAAUCUGAGAUUAUCAUGCAACGGUUAUAUGAUCCUGUUGAGUGAAUAUUGUCAAUUAUGACCAAUCUGAGAGGAAUCCUGUAGUUGUGAAUGGUUGUUGAAUGGCAUACUGUACCAAAUGUUCUGUACUGUAGCUCAAAGCCUGCAAUCCCAAAUGACUCCCUAUUCCCAUUCAUUGUGCACUACUUUUUUUGACCAGAGCCCAUAGGGGCUGUCUCUGCGCUGCCACCUGUUUCACUGUAUAGAAGGACAUACUUCUCUUUUUAAAAUUUAAACAACUGGUCUAUACUCUUAGUGCCCAAAAAAAACGGUUUUAGCAUGGUCCAUUGAGGACUAUCACCAUUUUGAAGUAGUCAAAUUGGGUGGGACCUUCCUAUGGGUUAAGGAAGGAUCACACAAUUGUAUUCUGGUCAUCACGAGAGAUCAGACAAAUAAGUUAACUUGUGAGGAAAUGUUCCAUAACUCCAGGUGGCAGUACGUCACCAACCUCGUCUCUAUACCUGUACAAACAACACACUCCAGGUGGCGGUACGUCACCAACCUCGUCUCUGUACCUGUACAAACAACACACUCCAGGUGGCAGUACGUCACCAACCUCGUCUCUAUACCUGUACAAACAACACACUCCAGGUGGCAGUACGUCACCAACCUCGUCUCUAUACCUGUACAAACAACACACUCCAGGUGGCAGUACGUCACCAACCUCGUCUCUAUACCUGUACAAACAACACACUCCAGGUGGCGGUACGUCACCCUUUCAGUUUGUUUACCUACUCAUAGAAGUUGUAGAAGAUAAAAGGUACAACUUUUUUUUUUUUUUAAAUAGAGAUGGCCUCAAUGGCGCUGCCCGUGCGCUCACAGACGCUAUAAUGGGACAAAUACAACGCUGCGAUCUCUAUACAUCUUCUUUGCCCCAGGGAUAGCUAUUGUCCUAUUGCUGUGUGACGCGAUUUUACUGAAGAUACACAAGAUCUAGAUUACAUGCCUCUGAAACAUCUGCUUUGAGUGAAAAUCAACAGAUGUUGCUGGCUAUGAAGAUAUCACCUGAACACCCGUUGAAGACCUUGUUCAAUUAGCAUAGCCGAUAUGGAGCUUAGACGUUUCCUGGGCAAUGGCUGGAACUUUCAGCAGAGCGACGUCAAGGUGAGUAAUAUUGAAUUAAAAAAAUGUGGUUAGUUACAGAAUGUUUCUAAUACUAAAAUACCUAACAAAGCACAUUUCUACCAAUCAAUAUGUAGUAGCUAAUGGAUAUUUAGACUGAACAAAAAUAUUAAUGCAUCAUGCAACAAUUUCCAAAGAUUUUACUUAGAUUAUAUAAGGAAAUUAGUUAAUUUAAAUAAAUUCAUUUGGCUCUGAUCUAUGGAUUUCACAUGACUGGGAAUACAGAUAAUGCAUCUGUUGGU